AUGGCGGAUACCAGAGACUCUACUUCAAGCUCCCGAGGCCCGAUGGGAGCACGUGGAGACGAUCUCAUAACGUUGUUCAAAGCUAAACUGCAGGGAUCGAAGGACUUGGAAGACCAAGACAGCGAAAAGUCCAAGCGCAAAGUUGAUGCAGGAACUGUUAUUGAAGGUGCCGAGCUUACAGUCGGUCUUCUACAAGAGAUCCUAAAUGUUCUCGCUAACGUAAACCGCGCCGUUGGUGUUGAGAACAAAAGUGGACUUGGCUGGCAGCAAGGUUCUACCUACUUCUUUUCUGGCACUGCGGAUGAAAACUUGCCUUAUUCUGUUGAUAAUGCGUAUGCCAUAGUUUACGGACCUCGCAAGACGUCUGGACCAGUUGCAACGGGAGUUGUCGGAGUCGUGGCCUACUACAUUCCACGCAUCGACAAAACACUUGCUGUGAUGUUCUCUGUUCCGUUUGAUUAUAACCUUUACCAGAAUUGGUGGAAUGCUAAGCUUGAUUCUACAUCUAAAUGUAUUGGAGUGCCACAAGAAAAACUUCCUGUUGUCUAA